UCCCAAUUCAUACACAUUACUUACCUAUUGGAUUUCUGAACAAAAAGCAGAGAUUUGUUGACGAACAUUGGUGUUUAUGCUACUGCAUUGGGAUUCUUCGAGUUUUCUCUACAUCAAAGGCUUUGUCCAUUCUGUAUAUGGUCCCAAUUAGUUGUUUAAAUUAUUAGUAGCUCUAGUGCAGAGUAGUCAGACAAAAGACUGAGAUAGACAGGAUGUUGAACAGUGAUGUUAUUUCAGGGAUCUUAGGCCGCGUGGAUGGCAAAACAAUUGCAAAUGCUGGAUGUGUUUCUUCAGAGUUUUGGUCUGUUGUAAAAGAAGAAAGGAUAUGGGAAGAAGCUUGCUGUUCUAUGUGGCCUUCUGUUGAGGACACAAAUGUUAAAGAUUUGAUCUCUGCCUCGUUGGGUGGAUUUAGAAAGUUUUAUGCAAGCUGCUUCCCCUUCGUUGCUUAUGAAACUAUUCCCACAGAAUCCAAGUGCAAUGAUCUGAAAAAUCCAUGUGAUGGUACUGCCGUUCCCUCCGAUUUUAUCUCAGUUGUGGAUGUACAAUACAAGGAUAAAGUCAUAGUUUCCAAAGUUGUUUGGGGAAUCCCUUCUGCUGGAGAUUUUGAGGGGUGGUUCUGUAACUGCCCUUUCAGGAUUGACAUCCUUAACUUUGAUGAGCACCAUACCAUUACAGAUGGGCUGCCCAAAAUUGUGUCUGUCGACAAGCAGAGGAAGGAUGGUGAAUUUUGGGGACAAUUUAUGGAGAAUAUUAGGUUAAGCUGGAUUGUUAUAAACAGGAGAACAGGGAAAGCUGCUAAUCUUUCAAGUUGGAAUCCUUUGAAUGGAAUGAGAGAUUGGCCAUCAGAUAAGGACUUUGUAAUAACCUUUGGCUCCAUAUUACCUGCCCAAAAAAUAUUGCCUUACAAAGCUGUGCAAUGUAAGUUGGUGAUGAAGUUUAGACUUUCAGAUGGUGAUAAUACAAGCUUAAAGAUGACUGAAGUGAGUAUGCAACUGGAAGACAUGAUGGGAGGUCGUGUUAAUGGGAGACAGAGUCUGGCUAUCCUGGAAAGGGCUUUAGAUUGCACAAGGACAAACAACCAAAAUCAGAUUUUGGAAUCUUAUCAAAAAUACUUGAGAGAACAGAGAAAACUGAGGGAAGCAAAGAUGAGGAAUGAAGGUCGUCUAAAUAGUCUGUUUAUUCUGUGUGGCAUUGUCGCAUUUGCUUCAUUUUGGUCUUACACUCUCUGACUGAGGGGUUCUAUCUUCUAAUCCUGAUUCCUCCAACCCAACUGGAAUAGGAA